UCUUUAUACUUCAACUUCAAAAAGAAGGUCCUUGGCUACAAAUUGAAAUCAUUACAACGCUCUAGGAUUUCCAUAUGUUUGUUUUUUGUGGCUCCAACUAAAAUGAUUGCCAUUGGAGUGGACACCUUAUGAGACAAACAAAAUUCACAGCAUGCAACCGGCUUAAGAUGCUUGCAAUUCCCAGGAAUAACAGACCAGGACACACAAGGCCACGCCAGCUAGGACCCCCCACCGGAGUCCAGAGUCCAGAGUCCGGAGUCCUGAGUUGGAUCAGCUGUGCUGAAUGUACAUGCAUAAUUGAAAACUCCGAUUGCAGCAACCUUUCGCCAGUAAAAGGAAAGGAAAGUACUUUUCCUGGCGGGCUGCUGUGCCGGUUGGCAAUUGAAAAAUCCGUAGACAAUGUUUUCCAAAUGACAUCCACCGAGGCGCCUGCGCCGAUUCGAGUGGAAUGUGUUUGGCGGAGCUAUAGGCCAAAAGCAAAGUGUUUGGUAGAAUGUCCCCUCAGUGCGAAGUCGGCUGGCAAACCAGACGCUUGGGUUGGCUGCCUAGAAUCGAGAAGACACAUAUUUCUCGGCCAGCCAUUACCAAUUCUGAAUUCAGUUCAGAACCGAACGUAACGGACUUUUGAAUAAUUGAAACACCGCGUGUCGAACAUUAUUCGAUUCAAAAUUGAUUGCUCAUACGCCGCGUUGGCUGUUCGCACAAAAGGAUAAGAGGGGAAAAGGAUACAAGUAAAAAACGAGAAUUGAAUAGAAAUUGUUGCAUGCUCUCGGGCAGAGGCGCAAUUGAUGAUUGAUAUUUGUUGGCAGUGCCAAAAAGUGUGUCUGUUGUGAAUGUGUGUGUCUCGGUUUUCGGUUUCCGGUUCCGGUUGCGUUGCCCCGCUUGCCCCCUCUUCAAAAUGCUUUUUGAUUAAAGCCCGCGCGUGAAUAGUUUUCUAUGCAAUCGGAAAAUCUCUUUUGCCGCCCAAUUGCAGAAAGUUCGCUAAUUGCUCAAUGCUUUUGGCCUUUGUUCAGACUUGUCUGAUACGCCUGGUUUCGAUCGUAAAACAAUUGAGUUCCGUAGGCAAAUGCGUUGAACCGCUCACGCCGAACGCCAAAAGCUCACUGAGCGGCGUCUGGCGAUCGAAAUAAAAACAAAGCCAGAAGUAACUCGAAAACAAAAACCCAAAACCCAAACAGUUAAGAAAAAAAAAUUUAUAAAAAAACGAGUCAAAAGGUGUUUUAAGGGGCGCUGGCGCUUAGACUUGACAUGAGCCAAGGCUAGCAACACAACAACAACGAAACCGAGGGGAAUAAACUGGCACAACAACUUUAAAAGUACAAACGGCACAAGUUGAGGAAGAGCCCAUGAAGUGCAUAGACCAGGAACAAUGGUAAAUGCCACGUCAGCAGCAGCACCAACACCAGCAACAACAUCUGUAGCAGCAACAUCAUCAGCAACAGCAGCAGCAACAACAACGAGAGAACGACAAAAGCGAGUCAACGACAGCUUAAAACAUAAUACGUUAGCUAAAGGCAACAAGCGGAUUGGGUGAAAGGAGAAAGCCGAGGGGAGAAAGCAGACUAGAGCCAGGAGACGACAGACAGGAGACAGAGAAAGUGGCAGAGAACAAAAGCGACAUUGCAAAUGAUGAGAAAUCGUUGUUGCAAUUAGUUAGCCCAAAGGGUUGAUGUUUUGCUCAUGAAUCAGUUGAAGUCGGCGGAACCGGAAAUGCUAGCGAACGGAAACGGGCGGAAAGAAGCUCCAGCUGGCCACUAAAUGUCAUUGAACACUGACCGAUCAUGUCCGACGUUGAGAAGGCGAUUAAGGCCAAGUUUCAGCACCAGCCGCAGGACAUCAAGGGCCCCUCCUGUGGCAUUGACGAUGAGACCGAUGCGGAUCCCCAAAGCCGAGCCGCACCUCUGGGAUCGGAGGCAGCCGUCAAGACGGCCUCCACCACUGCCACUCUAACCACCAAGCCGGGCAGUUGUACGCGUCGCCUCUGCGGGCAGUUGCUGAAGCUGCUGCUCUCCACCCCAGGACUAGUGCUCUUGGUCAUCGGGUACUCUGUGCUCGGUGGGCUCAUCUUCCCGCUGCUGGAGGCGCCGCAGGAUCUGAGCAAGUCAGCGGCCAUUGCCAAGAGUCGGGAGGAUUGCCUGAGGGAGCUGUGGAUAAUAACAGAGAAACUCAACGUUCUGUAUGAACGCAACUGGACAAUGCUGGUCCAUGAGCAACUGCGUCGCUUCGAGGGCUCCAUUGUGGCAGCCACCCGGCAGGGAUCCGCCGGAGGUGGCGCCGGAGGAUUCGGCAAUUUUCAGGGCGGCAGUGCCAGUGCCCUGGGCCAUUUUGGCUACGAUGCCGGCGAUUCCCAGAGCUGGACAUUUAGCGAGGCUCUACUCUACUCGGUCACUGUGAUAACGACAAUUGGUCAUGGCAGCCUCACGCCGCGCACCGCCGCCGGCAAACUGGCGACCAUUCUGUACGCCCUGGUGGGCGUGCCUCUCAUGCUGAUGUGCCUCUCCAGCCUGGGAGCCCUUCUGGCCGAGGGUCUGCAGUGCACCUACGUGCGGCUCUGCUGCCAGCUGCAGCACCACCAGCACGGCCACCACCACAGGAGCAGGAGCAGGAAAAAGUCCUUGGCCACGGCUUCAACGACGGCCGCAACAACACCGACCAGCCUGGAGAAGGAUAAGGACAAGAACAAGUGCGGAAAACGACAACGCCUGGGGGCUAACUGCAGAGGCUGCAAGUACGAUGCGGCCAACAGUGAGACGAGUCUGAACGACUGCUUCGAGUACGGGCCGAAGGAAAAGCUGCCUCCGGAGAAAGGGGAAGAUGCCUGUCAAUUGUUGCACAACUUGAAUCAGCAGCAGCAAUUUUACCAACAGCAGCAGCAUCAUCAGCAACAGCCACAACAGCCGGAUGUCAUGCUAAUGACAACGACAACAGGCAAUGCAUUGCUGAAAUACGAACCGCAGCAGCAGCAACAGCAGCAGCAGCACUUGCAACAACUACAAAACCAACAACAGCAGCAGCAAUUAUCGACAGCAACUCUCCCGCGGCAACAUCACCAGCAACAGCAGCAAGUGCAACAGAAUUUCGUGGCCGUCCCAAGCAGCAUGUUGCGCACAAUGCCGCUCACAGUGCCACCGAAUUGUUAUGGCCCUGCAACUGCCACGAUUUACUUUCCGUUUGCCCCCUCGGCGCCCGGCAGCCCCGCCCACGGCCACUCCCUUCUGGCCGCGAAUCCGAAUCCGGGUCUCAAUCCGAAUCCGAAUGGGCUGGGGCAUGCAACCGGGAGUGGCGGUCUGGUCAAGUAUCACACGUUACAUUUGCAACCGGCUUCCGGCAAGCACCGGGUACUGGCCUCGGGGCUCCAGGACUCUUCAGUACCCGGGCCGGAAUCGUCGACCCUCGAGGCCAUCACACUGCCACCGCCGCCGGCCUAUCAAACGGGCAGUUUGCAUGCUGUGCGACGAGGCAAGUUCGUGACGAAACCCUUGCCGCACGAGAUCAAUGCUCUGAUGGACUGUGGCACGGGAUCCACUGAUUUAUUGCUGCCGGCAGCAGGACCUGUACCGGCAACAUCGGGUGGAGCAGCAGCAACAGGCACCGCAGCAGCAACACCCGCACCACCAUUGCUAACCUACACAGUGGCCGCAGCAACAAGCCCACAACUGGCCGGUGGCAUUAAAGGCAUGGCACCCCCACCACUGGGUGCAACAUCGGCGGCAACACUGUCCGAUAACAGUUUUAUGGCCGCAGGUAUUUGUGGCAUUGCAGCAGGCGGAGCAACAACUGCAACAACAGGAGCCGGAGCAGCAGCAAUAGCAUCAUCGGGGGCAGGAGAAACAUUGUCAGCUCUUCUAAACGCCAACUCGUCGGGCGCGGUGGACAUAAUGGAGGACGAGGAGGAGCAGGAGAGGGAGCGAUUGAGCAACUGCCCGCAUGGCACGCCCUCGCGUGUUCCGCUGAUAGCCAGUUCCAUGGGCGUGCCCCAGGAUUCUGGGGGCGCGGGAACCGCCUCCACCACCUACAACCGCCACACGCUGCAGCCGCUGAGCCGCAAGACACUGCUGCUGACCCGCCGCUGCCAGAGGCAUGCCACCGGCACGCUGUACGACAGCACGGCAAACAACACGGAGACCUCCGACGACGACGGGGAGUACAUGCAACACGGCAGCGAGCAGUUUGUGCUGAAGAAGCUCCGCCAUCAUGGCAACCCAGAGGUGGAGUCUCGACGGCGGCGUAGAUGUGACACGGACGGCGAGGCGGAGGAUUCCGAGGAGGACGAGGACGAGGAGCCGGAGCAGCAGGUGCCCAUCAGCCUGGUCCUGUUGAUUCUCAUGUGCUAUAUCUGUGUGGGCACCGUGAUCUUCGCCCUCUGGGAGGACUGGUCCUUGGUGGACGGUGCCUACUUCUGCUUCGUGACGCUCUCGACAAUCGGCUACGGAGACUUUGUGCCGGCCCGGAGCUUCAACGGGCCGGAGCUGCAGCUGUACGCCUGCUGCGCCUAUCUCCUCCUGGGCCUCGUCCUGGUGGCCAUGUCCUUCAGCAUCCUGGAGACGCAGCUGAUGUGGAAGUGCAAGAGGAUUGCCGUGCGACUGAAGCUGACCCGCACGGAUUAAUAGUAUACUCUGAACACAAUCGCAAACGCAAAGCUUAUAGCCUAGACUAAGUUACAGUGUACUAUGUAAUUAAACCUAGAAACCAACAACUAGCCCAUCUCUGUGUAUAUUUGUCUGCCUAGCGAAAUACAUAUACUUAUAAUAGCGAAGGACAUGUGCUCGUGCGUUGUCUGGAAUUCAAAUGAAUUUGUGUAAAUAAACUGAACUUUUGGAA